UAUGUUUAAUAUGUAUAGAUUAUAUUGAACAUAUAUAAUAAUAUAUAUAUUUUACAAGAUUUAUUUCUACAAAUGAUAAGUGCAAGUAAAAGCGAGGAAAAAAGAUAAAGGUCGAACGGUAUUGAAGCGAGUGGAACACUUUGUUUAUUCAUCUUUUUUACAUAUCAAACUUUUUGUUUACUCAUCAUUUUUACACAACAAACUUUUAUUUUGUUUAUUCAUCUUUUUUAUAUAUCGGAACUUUUACCUUGUUUUAAUUGAUUUUAUAUUAUGUCACAUCAUGUAAUGUGUAUAAGUAAAAUGAAAUGUGACUAUUUACGUUUACAUAUGUAAACUUACUAUGACACAGAAUUAUUUCGAGCAUUUUAUAGUCGCCAUUCGAUGAACCUUCCACAUCGAUCUGUUUGAUCGUUCAUAUAAUCGCAUAAAAUGUAUAAUCUAAGUUCCAUUAUUAUUUUAUUAAUAUAUCAGACACUUUUGUGCAUAUUUUCUAUAUAUAUAUAUUAUUUCUAUAUAUAUAUUCUUUAAGAUAUUCCUUUAUACCGCGGGCCUUCGGUAACAUAGCGUGCGGUCAACGAUAAUGAUUAAAUCCAAAACUUAAUUUUGUCUUAUAUUAGCUGAUUCUGCGUGAUGUUUCUUCGACAAUAUCGUUGAAGUAUAAUCUUAUGAGACCAUUUGAGAAACAUGUAAAUUUUAUGCUGUGUAACUGAUUCGAUGUAACCAAGUUAUUUAAUUGAGUAAACAUUUCAUACAAAAGCUUCUUCUUCUUCAAUUAUUCUCGCGCCUUAAAUAAUUAUGCAUUAUAUCGUCACCCAGCUCUGAAGUUCAAUCAACAAACGACAAGAUAUAAAUUUAGCAUCUGUUUCAGCAGCGUAAUUGUAUAAAACAAGAGAAAUCGGGAAAUUGCAGACAAAUGGAAGCACUUUGUAAUAGAACGCUAAUUAGUUUUCCAGAUGGAAUUUAUCCUUCUCUAUCAUCCGGUUACUACAGUCAUCCACGUUUUUAUUGAGCUUAAUGCGAAACGCAGCCGUCGUCCACUUUACACUCGGAAUGCAUCACUCGGCAUAUAAUAGUGUGGGAAACAGGGACGAAGUUUUGAGUGCGUGUUGUAUGGAUUCAUUCUGUUAUCACGUUACAGUAGAAACCGAGAAAGGAAGAGAAAGAGAAAAGGAUGAAAAAGAGUGCGAGAGAGGAUCUUAUCCGUCCCUGAUCGCACACAUGUGCUGUUCAUGUGCGUGUCGGAUAUCUGAGAGAAAGAAGGAGUAAGGGAAAAGAAACGGGAGGGCGGGGGGAGAUGUUAAGUAUCCGUGACACCAGAGAGAUGAGGAAAUUUUCAUAUUCCGGAGGAACGGAAAGAGGCUGUACCGGUCGCCUCAUUGAUGAAGAUAGCGUCGUUGUGAACGGUCAGCGAAAGCGUUUCUGUAGUCACGUCCACAGCAUGGCAACACGCAGGAGGGAAGAGUCGACGAAGCACCGAUACCAAGCGAACGCUCGAGAAAGAGAUCGCACUCUUAGGAUGCGAGAGACACUGGAUGAGAUCUUCUCUGAAGGUACACGAUCUUCGUUGUGCAGCGUGAACACGGCUUUCAGCGCCCUGAGAACUUUGAUCCCAACCGAGCCGGCUGAUCGCAAGCUGUCGAAAAUAGAGACCUUAAGAUUGGCCAGCAGUUACAUUAGCCAUUUGGACGCCAUACUUAUUGCGGGUGCCAUGGAUCAACCGUGUACGCGUCUUUUAGAAAGUAGCGGCGUUUGUUCGACAAGACCACAAGUUUGCACCUUUUGCUUGGCUAUGCAUAAAAGAUAUAAUUUUGAUAUCUCACAGGGAAUCUCGGACUAUUCAAAUGAAGAAACAAGACCGUAUGUCUACGUACCAUCGACUGCAACGUGUUUUGAUUUAAAUGUGAAUGAUGUCUAAAAAAUCUGAAAAUAGUAUAAUAUCUGUAUAUUUUGUUUGUAAAUAUUUUUCGUGUGAUCUCUCUCGCAAUCUUGCGAUAAUGACAUAUUGAUAUAUUUACUAGAAAUAUCAUGUAAAAUGUAGGUAAUUAAUUA